GGCGGCGCGGAGGGGGGGCGGCGCGGUCGCCGCUCGGCUCCUUUAAGGGAGCGGGAGGGAGCGGCGAGGCGGCGGCGGUUGCGGUGGAGGCGGCCGAGCGAGCGGGGCGGGGGCGCGGGGCGCGGCGCCCGGAGAGUCCGCUCCGGCCGAAGGCGCCGGGGCCGGGCCGGGAGCGAGCAGCACGGGCAGCACAGCGGAGCCCGCCGCCCGGGACAUGGCCAAGGCGGGCAGCGCAGGUGGCCCUUCCCCGGGUGGUGGCGCCCCCUGGCACCUUCGGAAUGUCCUCAGUGAUUCGGUGGAGAGUUCAGAUGAUGAAUUCUUUGAUGCUAGAGAGGAGGUGGCUGAAGGAAAGAAUGCCAUCCUUAUUGGAAUGAGCCAGUGGAGCUCCAAUGACCUGGUAGAGCAGAUCGAGACCAUAGGGAAGCUGGAUGAGCAUCAGGGAGAUGGGGCCACAGCGUGCACAUCCAGCAUCCUGCAGGAGAAGCAGCGAGAACUGUACCGGGUUUCCCUCAGAAGGCAGAGGUUCCCAGCCCAAGGAAGUAUCGAGAUUCAUGAAGAUGGCGAGGAAGGCUGCUCACAGCGCUCCUGCAAGACACACGUCCUUCUGCUGGUGCUGCAUGGGGGCAACGUCCUGGACACCGGCUCUGGUGACCCUUCCUGCAAGGCGGCCGACAUUCACACUUUCAGCUCUGUGCUGGAGAAGGUCAUGCGUGCCCACUUCCCUGCUGCCCUGGGACACAUCCUCAUCAAGUUUGUCCCUUGUCCUGCCAUCUGCUCGGAGGCUUUCUCGCUCGUCUCUAACCUGAACCCCUAUAGCCACGACGAGGGCUGCCUCGGUUCCAGCCAGGACCACGUGCCCCUGGCUGCCCUUCCCCUGCUGGCCAUCUCCUCCCCACAGUACCAGCACGCUGUUGCCACUGUCAUCGAGCGAGCCAACCACAUCUAUGGCGAGUUCCUCAAGUCCUCUGAUGGGAUUGGCUUCAAUGGGCAGGUGUGUCUCAUCGGGGACUGUGUGGGCGGCCUCCUGGCUUUCGAUGCUAUCUGCUACAGUGCGGGACCCUCAGGGGACAGCCCUGGCAGCAGCAGCCGGAAGGGGAGCAUCAGCAGUACCCAGGACACCCCUGUGGUGGUGGAAGAGGACUGUAGUCUGGCCAGCAGCAAGCGGCUCAGUAAGAGCAACGUCGAUGUCUCCAGUGGAGUGGAGGAUGAGGACCCCAAGAGGCCGUUGCCUCGGAAACAGAGUGACUCCUCCACAUAUGACUGCGAGGCUAUCACCCAGCAUCAUGCCUUCCUCUCAAGCAUCCACUCCAGUGUGCUGAAGGAUGAGGCUGAGGCUCCUGCAGCUGGCACCCCCCAGCUCUCUGAGGUCAGCCUGGGUCGCUUUGACUUUGAUGUGUCUGACUUCUUCCUCUUCGGCUCACCGCUGGGCCUGGUCCUGGCCAUGCGGAGGACAGUGCUGCCUGGGAUAGAUGGUUUCCAGAUGCGUCCUGCCUGUAGCCAGGUCUACAGCUUCUUCCACUGUGCAGAUCCCUCUGCUUCACGGCUUGAGCCACUGCUGGAGCCCAAGUUCCACCUGGUGCCUCCUGUCAGCGUGCCUCGCUACCAGAGGUUCCCCCUGGGCGAUGGACAGUCUCUCCUGCUCGCUGAUGCCCUGCACACCCACAGCCCCCUAUUCCUGGAGGGAAGCUCCCGGGGAAGCCCCCCGCUUCUGGAUGCCCCUGCCUCGCCCCCUCAGGCCCCAAGAUUCCAGCGCACAGAACGGAGGCUAAGUGAAGGCAGCUCCCAUAGCGACAGUUCAGAGUCCUCGGACAGCCUGGCACCUAUGGGUGCCUCCCGCAUCACAGCCAAGUGGUGGGGAACCAAGAGGAUUGACUAUGCCCUGUACUGCCCAGAUGUCCUCACCGCCUUCCCCACAGUGGCUCUGCCUCACCUCUUCCAUGCCAGCUACUGGGAGUCUACCGAUGUGGUCGCCUUCAUCUUGAGACAGGUGAUGCGUUACGAGAGUGCAAGUGUGAAGGAGAGCACUGGUCUGGACCCCACAGCUCUGAGCCCUGCUAACCCCCGUGAGAAGUGGCUGCGUAAGCGAACCCAGGUCAAGUUGCGGAACGUUACUGCGAACCACCGUGCCAAUGAUGUAAUUGCUGCUGAGGAUGGCCCCCAGGUCUUGGUGGGGCGCUUCAUGUAUGGCCCUCUUGACAUGGUAGCUCUGACUGGAGAGAAGGUGGACAUCCUGGUGAUGACCGAGCCGUCGUCAGGCCGCUGGGUCCACCUGGACACAGAAAUCACCAACAACAGUGGCAGAAUCACAUACAAUGUGCCCCGGCCCCGGCGUCUGGGGGUUGGUGUCUACCCUGUAAAGAUGGUGGUCAGGGGUGACCAGACCUGUGCGAUGAGCUACCUCACGGUGCUUCCCCGAGGCAUGGAGUGUGUUGUGUUCAGCAUUGACGGGUCCUUUGCCGCCAGUGUGUCUAUCAUGGGAAGUGACCCCAAGGUCCGGCCAGGUGCAGUGGAUGUUGUUCGGCACUGGCAGGACCUGGGCUACAUGAUCCUUUAUAUCACGGGGCGGCCGGACAUGCAGAAGCAGCGGGUGGUGUCGUGGCUGUCCCAGCACAACUUCCCACAGGGCAUGAUCUUCUUUUCGGAUGGACUGGUGCACGACCCACUGAGGCAGAAGGCCAUCUUCCUUCGCAACCUCAUGCAGGAGUGUUUCAUCAAAAUCACUGCUGCCUACGGCUCCACGAAAGAUAUCUCUGUCUACAGUGUGCUGGGCCUCCCUGCCUCCCAGAUCUUCAUUGUAGGCCGGCCCACCAAGAAGUACCAAACCCAGUGCCAGUUCCUGAGCGAAGGCUACGCAGCACACUUGGCGGCACUGGAGGCCAGCCACCGCUCUCGCCCCAAGAAGAACAACUCGCGCAUGAUCCUGCGCAAGGGCAGCUUUGGGCUGCACGCGCAGCCAGAAUUUCUGCGCAAGCGCAACCACCUGCGCAGGACCAUGUCGGUGCAGCAGCCGGACCCACCGGCCGCCAACCCCAAGCCCGAGCGGGCGCAGAGCCAGCCCGAGUCCGACAAGGACCACGAGCGGCCGCUGCCGGCUCUCAGCUGGGCGCGUGGGCCCCCCAAGUUCGAGUCGGUGCCCUGAGGGGUGGGCGGUGCUCAGUACCGUGGGCGCAGCUAGGCGGCCUGCAGGGAUGGGAAGGGUUGCCUUCUCCCCGACACAGGCGUUUUCCUGCUUUUUCCCUCCCGUGUCUGUCCAGCAGUGUCCGACCAGAGCAGGGAGGGACCUUACCCUGACAUUGGGGAGCUCUCUGGGCUGAGAUGGGGUGAAACCCGGGGUGUCUCAGUGAAGUCGCCGCCGCCUCCCCACUCCUGUGCCCGCAAGCUGGAGUCAGGGGUAAUGUUUGUGUGUGUGAGACCCUGGGGCCAAGCCUGCCUGUGCCAGUAUUUGGAUAAAGUUGACCAUCUUUUUGCGUGCUAGGUUUCUGUAGCCGCACUAGGCAGGCUCUAACAAGAGAAGCCCCUAGCGCUGGCUGGGCACGCGGCCAGGCAGGUGGCCGAUUGCAGGUACAGCAACUGUCUGUAGAGGAGAAAGUGGCAUUUGUGUCUGCCCUCCUUGUGAUAUCCGGGCACCACUUUGGGGCUGGCUGUCUUAUGACACAGAGAGAUCGCUUUAUGGGAGAAGAUAUUCCCUGGGUCCAAUCUAUGUAUGUGGAGUUUGUCCACAAUCCUGGGGACUGGGCCUGGUGCUGACUGUUUGUCUUGCAGCUGUCCUCUGUCUCCUUUCUUGUUCUCAGUAUCCUUAUUCUCCUGUGGCCCUUGAAGACAGUCCUCUUCCCUGAAUCUUGCCUUGGACUCCUCCCACUUGGUCUGGCUGUGUGCCCUGGAGUCUGUAGCAUAUCUCACUCUUUGGGCCCUGCCUUUUUUUUUUUUCUGUAACUAGAGAGGGGGGCCUUCUGGCUGAGAUGGGUACUGGGUUUGACUCCUAGGCCGCCCAGCGUUUCUGCUCUAUGGGGCUUUUCAGGAUGCCCUGUGGGCCUCCUCCUUAUCCCACCCCACCCCAUCCUUGGAGAAAGGUUCUGGGGGUGGGGCUGAAAGGGAGUCCAGCAUUUCAGAGGAAGACCCUACUUCAUGGAGAACAAGUUGAUUUGUGUAACACAGAGGGAAACAGAAACUGCUUCCCUCCACUAACAAAAGGUGACAGCAUGGCUGCCCUUCCCAUAGCUCUGUUCAGACUCACAGUUCCCUUUAGGUUUCUGGAUUGCACAGAGCUGAGAUCUUGGGUUCUGGAGGUUCAUGGAAUAUUGGCUCAAACCAUUGUAUUCUCUUCCUCUCCCUGGCCACUCAGUUUGGUUUGAGCCUAGAACCUCCUCUAGGGUAGGUAGACCCCUUAGGGUGGUGGCAAGGGCGGGCAUGUCUCCUUGCUGCCAAGCCCUUGGCCUUGGCACAGGCCUCCUUUUGCUCUCUGGCCCAGGCUGAUACCUGUUGCAUGGUCACCUGGGUGUCUUGGGGCCCUCUGGGCUGCCACUGAGGCCAGGGCCAAGUACCUGUGUACACUGCAGGCACAUGCCAGCCCAGUGUCGCUUCUGCUCAAUGUCUACCUCUUGCAGCUCCCAUGCAGCCAGUGGUGGCUGCCGAUGGGGGUGACUGGCACCAUGUUGUGAGUUGCCCAGCAACCCGGGUGCCUCCCUGAGGCUGGAGGGGUGGGGUGCGGGCUCCCAGUACCCACUCUGCCCUUUCCACUCAAAUGUCUUCUCCAGCCUGCCAGCUCCUGUUCCCUCUGCCCAUCCUGUCCCAUCUGCCAGCUCUCCACUGCACCAUCAGCACUGCAUUCAGCAAACGAAACCCAGCACUGCCAGGGGGGCUACAGAGCAGACAAGAAGGCGUGGGACCAGCUUCUGCUUCCUCCUCCACAUUCCUCCUAGAAGUUCAUACCUGUCCCCAGCCCCCCAAAUCAUCCUUGCCUCUCUUUUGGUACCAGCUCGUAUGGCAUAGGCACCUUAAUCCCAGUCCUUUCCCUUAGUGCUGUGAUUUGAGUUCGGACAGACCCGUUUCUCUCAUCUCCGCUCAGCAGGAGCCACUGAGUCUAACUUUCAAAUGAUAAAUAUUCCGCCUCUCCCUUCUCUGAGAACCCCCCAGGCUGAGUGCAUGUGUGAGUGGGGAGCCCCCAGGGAGACUAGAGCCUGGGACAGGGCUCUGUGUGGGCCAGAGCCAGCCAGAGGCCCCACCCCUCUUUCGCUUGGAUGACCCCUUUUGUGAGAUGUCCCUGGAGUGCAGGUGUUGCAACCACCACCCUAGGAGCUAUGGCGGCCUGCGAGGUGCGCUUCCUGGCAAGUACUCUGUGCGUGAUUCCUACUAGUGCUUUGUUGAGUUGAGUCAGAGACAAAAGGAACCUAUUCCCAGUGUUCUCCAGGAGGUGUGCUGGCGCCUCCUCCAGUAUUCCUGUGACCCUCCAUCCAGCUGUUUUUCUAGUUACCUCUAGCUCCUGGUGUGCCUGCUCUCCAGCUGCUGGAAACACGUUCCUGCUUGACCAAAGUUCCCGUAUCUGAGUGGCAUGUUUGUUCUUCCCGUGUGGUGGCUGUCCUGCCCCGGCUGAGGGAUGCCUGAUAAUUUCCUUUAUCCCUUGUCCUGUUGUGGGUGGCUGGAGUCUGUUCUUCCAGCUUCAUACCCCCCCCCCCCCCCGAGACUGACCUCUCCCUUAAGCACCAUGAGAUAUUUUUAAAGAAGUAAAUUAUUUUCAUGCAUUCAGACAAACAGCCUUCCUGCCUGGGUGCUGGGCUACAACAUAUGUAUCUGAGCCCCGGGAUUCCUGAGAUUACUGGGGUGCUCCUCUGAAGGAGGGGAGGCUGUAUCUAAUGGUUUUUAAACUGUACUUUGGGUACUUUGCAACCCAGAGCUAUGCCCGGGAAGUGUCCUGCAGACAAAACAUGGCACCUAUAGAAGACUGGACCCUGCCAGACCGGUGCCCCCAAGUCUGGAGGAGGUGCCACUUUUGCAGGCAUGCUCCACAUUUGGCUCAGGUGAAGCCCCACCUGGGAGGGGCACCCCUGACUGUAGGAGCGUUGCAGUUGACCCCGCCUUAAACAACCAACUUUCCAGUGGAAUUCCCAGGGUUCCAUUCCAAGUGCUCUGGAAAAAAAAAAGUCCCCUUUUCUUUCCUUCUGGGCUUGGGAGGAAUUUCUUAUAUACCCAAGUUAAAGGUUUAGUACAAGUAGCAAGGCCCGGUUGAGUUCUGAUCUUGUUGGGAAACUAUCAGGAAGGUUAGGAAGAAAAAUCAGAGUUUGAGUCCACGCUCUGGAAGAGAUGGGGGACACCAGGAGCGGGAGGCCAGGAGGGUGGCCAGCGAAAGACAUUCCCCCUCAGACUCAGACCCACUGUCCCUUUCUCUCUGUUUACUCAGUGGUGGCAGCCGGUCUGACCUUGUCUGCGGUCUGCCUGUCCCUGUGUGUAACUUCCAGUCCACUCUGUGGUGGAUGGUCCUGUGAUAGAAAAGGCUUAUUUUAGUCCUCAUGGCUGCCUUGUACAAAAUCUGUUAGAAAAGAAAAUGUAAAAUACCCGAUUUCUAACAAGACAAAAAAAAAAAAAAAAAACAGCAUUACGGAGUUAAAAGAUUUUUACAAUUGGUCUUGAUUUUGAUGUGAGCUGUUUUUAACUCUGAAACAUUGUCACUUAAAUAAAAACCUUAUUUGCCUUUAA